AUGGGACCAGAAGUCUCUGACAACAGGACCAUCACAGUGACUGACGUACAUCCCUGCUAUGACAUACAUGACUUUGAUUACAUCCUGUCUAACACUCCAUCGGUUAUAUGUGUGUUGUUGUAUGUUUUCCUCUUCUUGUUGUCUGUUGUCACUGUUUGUGGAAACCUCCUGGUUAUAAUCUCCAUCCUUUACUUCACACAGCUGCACAGUCCCACAAACUUCCUCAUUCUCUCUCUGGCUGUGGCUGACAUACUCGUGGGGAUCAUAGUCUUUCCUCUCAGCAUGGCAUUCUCUCUCAGCUCGUGUCUCUAUCAUGAGGAUCUGUUCUGUAAAAUACGGAGCAGCUUUGACGUGUCGCUGAGCACAUGCUCUAUUCUCAACCUGUGCUGUAUUUCCAUUGACAGAUAUUAUGCAGUGUGUCAGCCCCUGACAUAUAAGACUAAAAUCACCCAUCGUAUUGCUGUGCUCAUGAUCCUGUUCAGCUGGGGAGGAUCUGCUCUGAUUGGGAUCGGUAUCCUAAUUUCAGGACUUAGUGAAACAUGUGAAGUAUGUUUUAUUGAAGCGUUCAUGGUAAACACUAUCGGAUCUAUUUUCUCAUUUUACUUCCCUGUUAUCAUAAUGCUCUGUAUCUACCUGAAGAUUUUCCUGGUUGCACAGAAACAGGCUCGCAGGAUCAUGAACACGACACACAAGUCUGGAGAGACCGCCAGUAAGAUGGAGAGAAAAGCCACCAAAACUCUGGCUAUAGUUCUGGGAGUUUUUCUCUUGUGCUGGACUCCCCUCUUUCUUUGCAUCACUUUUCCUUCUUUGAGCAGUUCAGCUCCAGUCCCUCUCUUUGAAACACUUAACUGGCUUACAUUAUCAAACUCAAUGCUGAAUCCUUUCAUAUAUGCUUUCUUUUACAGCUGGUUCAGGUCGGCUUUCAGGAUGAUCAUAUCUGGAAAAAUAUUCCGAGGUGAUUUAACCAACACUAAACUGCAAAACUAGGCUGAAUGUAAGCGUAUGAAAUCCUGUAAAGCACUGUAUGGAGUCUGUGUUUGUUAUUUUAAUCAGCAGAGAAACACAGAGCUGAGAUUUAACCAGAACAUGAAGGAAGAAGAUGCUGUGUGUCGUUUCACAG